CAGGCCAUAUAUAUAAAGAAUAGUACAAAAGCUCUCAUUAUGGCAGCUUUUCGCCUUUUCAUGCGCAAGGCCUUUGUGUUAUUUGUUCCCUUAUUUCUACUUUGUAGUUCUUCUGUUUCUGGGUAUUCAUGGAAUGAGGUUAAGGUUUGGUGCAAGCAAACCCCAAAUCCUCAACCGUGUGAGUACUUCAUGAACAACAAUCCCAUUCACAGCCAAAAGAUCAUCAAACACAAAGAUGAUUUUCUCAAGCUUUCUCUUCAAGUAGCCCAGGAGAGAGCCCUGAAAGGCCAUGCAAACACUGUUUCAUUAGGACCAAAAUGUAGGAACUCACGUGAGAAAGCUGCAUGGGCUGAUUGCAUAGAGCUUUACGAGCAAGCCAUUGAUAAACUCAACAAAACCCUAAACCCCAACCCCAAGUUCUCCCAAGAAGACGCUCAAACAUGGCUCAGCACGGCUCUUACCAACAUCGAGACGUGCCGAGCCGGCUUCUAUGAGCUGGGAGUUCAAGACUACGUGUUGCCUUUGAUGUCCAACAAUGUCACCAAGUUGUUGAGCAACACUUUGGCUCUGAACAAAGUUGAAUACAAAGGGCCAAGUUAUAAAGAAGGGUUUCCAACGUGGGUUAAGCCUGGAGAUAGGAAGUUGUUGCAGUCUUCUUCAUCUUCUUUUCGGGCCAAUGUUGUUGUGGCCAAAGAUGGAUCUGGCAAAUACGCAACUAUAACUGCUGCUAUAAAUGCAGCACCAAAGAGUAGUGGUGGGAGAUAUGUGAUAUAUGUGAAGGCCGGAAUCUACAACGAACAGGUAGAGAUAAAGGCAAAGAAUAUAAUGUUGGUGGGAGACGGCAUUGGGAGGACUAUAGUCACAGGAAGUAAAAGUGUUGGAGGAGGCACUACUACCUUCCGGUCAGCCACUGUUGCUGUUGUUGGGGAUGGGUUUAUUGCACAAGGCAUCACAUUUAGAAACACUGCUGGAGCUUCAAAUCACCAAGCUGUUGCCCUACGUUCUGGUUCAGAUUUAUCAGUUUUUUACAGAUGCAGCUUUGAGGGAUACCAAGACACAUUGUAUGUGCACUCUGACAGACAGUUCUAUAGAGAAUGUGACAUUUAUGGCACUGUGGAUUUCAUCUUUGGAAACGCAGCUGUGGUUUUCCAGAACUGCAACAUUUUCGCUAGAAACCCUCCAAACAAAGUCAACACAAUCACGGCACAAGGCCGAACUGAUCCAAACCAAAACACUGGAAUUUCUAUUCACAACUGUAAAGUUAUGGCUGCUUCAGACUUAAAAGCAGUUCAGAGCUCUGUGAGAACCUAUCUUGGAAGGCCAUGGAAGCAAUAUUCUCGAACAGUGAUUAUGAAGAGCUUUCUUGAUAGUUUGGUAAACCAGGCUGGUUGGUUGGAAUGGAGUGGUAAUUUUGCGUUGAACACUUUAUAUUAUGGAGAGUAUAUGAACACUGGUUCAGGUUCUUCCACUGCAAAUCGAGUUAAGUGGUCAGGUUUCCACGUAAUCGCUAGUGCUUCAGAAGCUUCAAAGUUCACUGUUGGGAACUUCAUUGGAGGAAAUUCAUGGUUGCCAGCCAGCAGUGUUCCUUUCACCUCUGCUUUAUAGAUCAUUGCAUUAUGUUAUAGUUGAUUGUUGUUGGUUCUAGGCCAUAUGUUCAUUUGUUCUAAUUCGUUAAUUUGUGUCGCCAUGAUUGUUUGUAAAAUCCCUAGUUAGUAGCAUGUAGUUGAUAUGGAACAUUGCUUUUGUGUAACAAAUGAAUACGUUUUU